GUCAGAACUGUGUUUGCAAGGCUUGCUUCGAGUGGAUAAUGUGAGAAAAGAGCAAAACACAAAAAUGAAAAAACCUUCUUCUCUUGUAACUCGCACAACCUUAUCGAGUGAAAGAAGAUUGGGUCAGUAGUGAAAAAUGGCGUCGAUUGCAGCUUCUUCUACCUUUCACUCGUUUUGCAGAACCAAAAGCCCUAAUCUUUCUUCGACCCACCUUCUUCCUUUGUCGAAAAACCUCAACUUUCGGACCAGAGCUAUCGGAAAUAGCCGCAAUUGCAGUUUUGCUGGGUUUAUAAAACAAAAUCGCCUUGGAUUGAGGAAGCUUUCGUCUAUUGGAGAAGGAGGAGAAGGUGUCGCUGUCGCAGAGGAGCAACCGCAAGAGACUGUCUCUGUUCCUGUCUCUCCUUCAGACAUGCUCACCAUGUUUUUCCAGGCUGAUGGAACUUUGAACGAAGCAGCUAUUCCUAAUGUGACAAGGGCCUUACAGGAUAUUGAUGGAGUUUCCAAUUUAAAGGUUCAGGUUUCUGAAGGUGUUGCCGUCGUUGAGCUUUUGAAGCAAACAACGGUUCAAGCAACAGGAGUGGCGUCAAACUUGGUGGAGACUAUACAAGGAGCUGGAUUUAAGUUACAGACUUUGAAUCUGAGUUUUGAAGAUGACGAUGAGGUUCUUGUCUAGUGAAAUCAUCCUUUUCCUCCAUUUUGUGAUUAAAGAAACUCAUAAUGUUCAAUUCUAGGGAUAAUUUCUUUCAUUUGUUCCUCUAAAGAAAACAAAUGUGGUAACUUUUUUUAGAAAGUGGGAAUUAAUGUUUUCUUUGUUGAAAUAAAAGAGAAAUGGAAAAUAUCUAUAUUGAUUAGUGGGUCAUAUACAUAUGGGUUCCCACAAAGCAUGGAGGUUGGCAUUUUUAUAGACUUUUAGGUUCAUUGCUUUGUACAAUGCAUUUAGUUUUGUGUGUGGAUAUGAUUGUCAUUUGUCACUAUGUAUAUGUAUGCAUGUACGAUGUUGACAUUGUGGAGUACUGUGGUUGAUGAUAUGGUGAAUCACAGCUCAUGCAUUGUUGUACUUAUAACCCAAAUCUUUACUUUUUUAAAAAAUGUGAUAUUAUAGACCAAAAACCUGUUCUUACCAAAACAU